AGGGUCUGGGAAGUCUAGACCAAGGCCCCCAUACUAGGCUCUUCUUAAGGGGGAAAACAGUGGUAAGGUACGAUGUAUUUCUUUUUGCAUGGGGCAUGGUGGAAGUGCGGUGUUUAAAGAGGGGGUAUUUUUGUAUUCACCGGCCUUCUUUCUGGCCCUGAACUAAGCUAUGUCUGCUGCUACCCGGAUUGAUGCGGAGGGUUUGUAUAUCCCUGGGCUAAGUCUCUUGCCUUCCAAUGUCAGGACCAGCUCUGUGCCCAGACCGAUUGCGCCUCCCCGCUAGCUGGUUCAUCUCUGCGCUAGGACUGAGUCUCUCCUCAAGGAUAGUCCUGCAUCUCUCUCUGCCAGUGUCAGAACUCUGCGCUCUCAGUGCCCCCUCCUAGCUAAGCAGGUUAGGGCUAUGGGCCCUUUUGCUUUCUUCCCACAGCUCGAUUACAUCCCGCGCUUCUCUCGCCUUGGAUAGCUCUGUGCCCUCCCGGCCUGCGCUUCUCCCGUGGCUAGCACUGGGCUCUUGCUACCUUCCCAUCCGCCUUGGCUCUGUGGGGGCUCCUCUCUAUUGGGGCCAUCGUCCCCCAUCCCCCAUCGUUCCCUCAUACUGGUGGCUAUGCCACACAUGCUGUUCCCAGUCUGGGGACAGUCACCGUUCCCGAACCGCUUAGAGACCUGCCGUCCCCAGCUCUGUCAGGGUUUGGGAGUGAGGGACUACACCACGGAGGAGAAGGAGGAGGAAGAGAAAGAGGAGGAGAAGGAGGAGGCGGCAGUGGCACCUCCUCCCCUCUCUUCCCUCCCCCUCCUGCUCUCCCUCCCUCUCCCUCCCUUCUGCCCCUUUCCUCCCCCUCCUCCCCUCUCGCCGCUCCCCUCCCCUCCCUUCCCUUCCCCUCACGGUGCCGCGCAGCGGGGAAAGACAAGGGGACUGCGGCGGGCCGGUGCGGACCCCGAGCACUUUGCGCACCGGGGAUCGCCCCCUUCGGUCUCCGCUUGUCCUUCGCUCCCUUCUCGCCUCUCACUGCUUCGUCCCGGGAGGUCUAUCGCCGCAUGGUGCUGGUCGCAGCCAUGAGCCAGGAGCCGGAGACCAGCGGCCGCGAGCAACCCGACAGAGAUGCCCGCACCCUGGCUGCCGCCGCAACUGCCGCCCCCCCAGGACUCCUGGGACCCCCUGGCCACCGAGGAAUGCAGCAACCGCUGCUGCCGCCACCUCUGCCACCGCCACCGCCGGCGCCUCAGGCCGCCUUGCCUCAGAUUCUCCAAAAUGCUGCCAAGCUUCUGGACAAGAACCCAUUUUCUGUCAGUAAUCCAAGUCCUCUGCUUCCAUCUCCUGCAAGUCUUCAAUUGGCCCAACUGCAAGCCCAGCUGACCCUCCACCGGCUGAAAUUGGCACAGUCAGCGGUCACUAGCAACACUGCAGCUGCCACAGUUUUGAACCAAGUCCUCUCCAAAGUGGCUAUGUCUCAGCCCCUCUUCAACCAACUGAGACAUCCAUCUGUGAUCACUACCCCACAUGGACAUGCAGGAGCACCCCAGCACCCAGCAGUAAUGCCCAAUGCUAGGUUUUCAUCUAGGGGGAUCACAUUCUCACCUCCUAGUCAAGGACAAGGACUGGGACCCUCCAUGAACCUGCCCAAUCAAGCUACCAAUGCCAUGGUGAUGCAUCCUUUUACUGGAGUCAUAUCUCAGACUUCUACUCAACCAGCAGUUGUCUUGGGCAUCAGCAAAACUGGCCCUGUUCCUGCUGUGGCAGGGUUCUACGAGUAUGGUAAAACUACUAGUACUCAGGGCUAUGGUUCAGAUGCUGAAACUCAGUCGAGCUUUCUGCCAACAUCAGGUGCUCCCUCAGUUGGGGUAACCUAUGAGGGUCAUUGUAGUCAUACAGGGCAUCCAAAGCAAGAUGGCCAAUCUACCUUCCCCAAGGACUUUUAUGGGCCCAAUUCCCAAGGGCAACACAUGACUGGAGGACAGUCCCUGGGAUUCCCAGGAGAACAACACAUGAAUACAUCUUCCACAGGUGGUUCUAAAGGAGAAGUAGAUCCAUUGCUCCAUGGCACGGCCUCAAAUAACCAGUGGGAAUGGCCACCACUCAGCCAGUCCUAUGAGCUAUAUGACCCAGAAGAACCCACACCAGACACCAAGUUUGGGCCUUCGACCCCUACUCCCUUCAACAAGAAGCAGAAUUUCAGUAGCACCCAGAGGCGAGGGAAGGAGGAAUCAAUGCUGUCGGUGAGGCCUCUCCAGGCUCAUGAGCUGAAUGACUUUCAUGGUAUUACACCUCUCCACCUGCCACACAUUUGCACCAUCUGUGAUAAAAAAGUUUUUGAUCUAAAGGACUGGGAGCAGCAUGUCAAAGGGAAAAUGCACACUCAGAAAUGCAUGACCUUCUCUGAAAGUGCGGGCAUCCGAUGUGUUGUUGGCUCAGCAGAGGGAGCACUGUGCACCUCACCAAAUAGCACAGCUGUUUUUAAUACAACUGGAACUGAAGAUUUUGCCUCAAAUAUUGGAUCGUCAUUUGCUGUGGUUCCAACAAGGUCCUUUGCUCAGUCAAAUCCCACUUUCUCUCCCACUGCUUCCGGGACAAAUUUUUCACAGCGGAAAGCCACUGCUGGUCGAGUGGUACACAUCUGCAAUCUCCCUGAAGGAAGCUGCACUGAGAAUGAUGUCAUUAAUUUGGGACUACCCUUUGGAAAAGUAACCAAUUAUAUUCUCAUGAAGUCCACCAAUCAGGCCUUUCUGGAAAUGGCUUACACUGAAGCAGCCCAGGCAAUGGUACAAUAUUACCAAGAGAAAUCUGCUGUGAUUAACGGUGAGAAAUUGCUCAUUCGGAUGUCCAAGAGAUACAAAGAACUGCAACUGAAGAAACCUGGGAAGAAUGUUGCUGCCAUCAUCCAGGACAUCCACUCUCAGAGGGAGCGAGACUUGUUCCGGGAAGCUGAUAGAUAUGGCCCCGAGAGACCGAGGUCUCGAAGUCCAGUGAGCCGCUCCCUCUCCCCGAGAUCCCAUACCACCAGCUUCACCUCCUGUAGCUCUUCCCACAGUCCUCUCUGUCCUUCCCGGGCAGACUGGGGCAAUGGUCGGGAGUCUUGGGAUCAAUCCCCCUAUGCCAGGAGAGAGGAAGAGAGGGAUCUGACUCACUGGAGGGAAAACGGAGAUGACAAGAGGGACAGGACAGACACUUGGGUUCAUGAUCGGAAACAUUACCCACGGCAACUGGACAAAACUGACUUAGAUAGCCGGAUCGAAGGAAUGAGAGGACACAGAGACAAAUAUGUCCGGCCCGCUUCCCCUAGUACACUCCACUCUUCAUCUAGUUACAAAGGCCGAGAGGAUGGCUAUUACCGAAAGGAUCCCAAGCUCAAACCUGAUCGCUAUCUCAAGCAGCAACAGGACAGUCCCGUGAAGUCCAAAAAAAAAGAAGAGAUUAGAUUAAGAGAAAGAUACCCCUACUGUGAGGAUUCAGGAAAGGGAGACGUUUUGGAGCCCAAGGACAAUAGGACUUCAGAGAAUGCCAAGGUGAAGCAGAGUGAGAAAAACAAAGCCACAAAACCCGACAGAAGUCAAGAGAAAGAUGCUGACACAGAAGAGAACAAAGCAGCAGCAGAAGCUGAGCCUGGGAAAGAAGAAGAGGAAACUUUGGAGGAGAGUUCCCAAAUUGUGAAAAUAGAAGAUCCUGAUACAGCAAAUGAAAGGAAAGAGAAGGAACAAGAUUGGGAAAGUGGAAGUGAGGUGGAGGGGGAGAGCUGGUACCCUACCAACAUGGAAGAACUUGUUACAGUGGACGAGGUCGGAGAAGAGGAGGACUUUAUCAUGGAGCCAGAUAUCACAGAACUGGAGGAGAUUGUGCCAGUUGGGCAGAAGGACAAAACCUGUCCUGAACUAUUCCCCUGUGGGAUGACCCCUUUAGACCUGAACACUGAUCAUGGGGAAUUAGCCAAGGAGGCAGGUGAAUCUAUUCCUGACGGAGCUGCUGAAAUCAGAUUGGAGACAGACCGAGAAAGUGCUGUCUCCAAGAGCCAUUCUGAUGAAAUAGGGCUUGAAGAGCAGACGUGUCUAAAUCUAAACACUGAGAAGAAGCCAGCUGAGUCUGAGGAAGACAGCUUUCCUAAAGAUCCAAAUUGCCACAAGAAGGAAGAAAAGGCGACCGAAAACUCAGAUGUUCCUCUAGUCCCCACAUCCCAGAAAAUGUCUUCCCAAGAGCCACCAGAGGAGGGGGGUGCACAGUCUGUUCUUUUACUAGAUGAUUAUAAGCUGAUGGGAUCCCCUAAAAAUGAGACCCAAGAAGGCAGCAAACCAGAAGAGAAGCCCAGCUCCCACAAAGAGACCAGCAACCAAAGCCAGGCUUGCCAAGAAAUGUUGACUGAGGAAAACUCCCGCUUCACAGAAAUCCAGUCCCUGGAGAUGAGCUCAUUAGCCUAUAGUGAGAUGGAGAUGAAACAACCCCAUCCAUUGCCUUCCUGGGAACCAGAGGAUGUGUUCAACGAACUUAGCAUUCCUCUCGGAGUGGAGUUUGUGGUGCCCAGGACUGGGUUUUAUUGCAAGUUGUGUGGGCUUUUCUACACUAGUGAGGAGACAGCAAAGACAAGCCACUGUCGCAGUUCUAUCCACUACAAAAACCUACAGAAAUAUUUGUCCCAGCUGGCGGAGGAAGGCCUAAAGAGCAAGGAACAGGGCAGCAGCCCGAAGCCAGAUGACUGCAGCAUUGGAAUAGUGCCCCACUUUGAGAGAAAAAAACUCUGACCCUGUAGAAACAAGAGGAGUCGAAAUGAGGGAUUGAUUGCCAGUGGUACCUUGCAGAUCUCCAAGGCGACACUGUUGCAUCUUCUCCUUCAAGAUAAGGAACAAAAAAUGGAACAAAUGGCAUGUGGUUGGGGUCUGUGACCAGAGUACCAGAAGAAAGGCUCCCCAAACUGUUCCCACAACAAAGCAGUCCUGACACGACCUAUAGGCAGAGCUGCAUGUCCUCUCUGUAUGUGUGUGUGCGUGUUUCUCUCUCAAACCUUUUUUCAAACUCUCGCCUGACUCUCCUUGAGUUCUGUGCCCCAGCCCUUUUCCUUUUCAUAUAAUCUGACUCCUCAGGGAUUUUUAACAAGGUUUAAAUUCUUGAUGGAAUAGAACAUACCAGGCCAAAAGGAGGGGGAAUUAUCCAGGGGAAGGGCUUCAAAGAGAAAUGUCUUUAGAUACUUGAAUGAAAUAGUAUACAUCUCUCUGCUUGCUGUUGGUUGACUGGGGAAGCCCAGCUAGAGUGCCCAGAACUCUGGAGUUAGGACAAACAUCACCAAGGAAGGCAAGGAGCAUAUUCUUAAGGAGCCUGAUUAAAUCUCCUUCAUUCUCCAAAUGUAUGGCCAAGCCACCUGUUUGAGCAAUCUGUUUUUAAAGAUCUUUCAUCCAUUUAUUCUGAAAGUUCAUCAGUCUUAAGUUAAAAUGAAGCAGACUUUGAAAGACAUGCAACAAAACUUUCCUUCUGAAAGCUCGGAGAAGUUCCCUCCAAAUCCUUUCCUUCUUUCUUCUCCUGCCCCAUUUUGAGGAGAAACGAGGGCUUGUUUUAUUUUGGACAGUAGAUAUGGUAAGGAUUCAGUUGGAUUAAAAUGAAGCAUACACUUCCUCUGCCUCCAGCUAAAAUAGCAGUUGGUGUGUGUCCGGGACAAAUGACUGCCUUAAAGUGGUGCUUGGAGUCCGAUUGAGAAACACCAAAACAAUGAAACUGCCAGCCAAGAUCCUGUCCUUGACUCACCCGAAGGUGCCUGCAUGCUGGGGUGUCUGAGUUGCAUUCUUCUUCAAAACCUCCUAACUCAGUUGGUUGUAAGGUGCCCCUUGAGCUUUGGGAUUAGCUGAGGAGGAAAGAGGUUACUGAACCCAUGUCUAGUCCUUGAGAUUUCUUCAACAUAGAUUUUGUAUUUGGGCCUCUUUACAGUUGGAUCAGGGGAGCCCAUUGCUGGCUGGGGAGGACCCUUGUUGAAGCUUCUUGCCCUGAAGCAUUAAAUACUUUGUAGUUAAACUCUUUAUGGAUCUGAGGUGGCCAGAGGGGUCUUUCCUACACUAACCAGAAUUCACCUUUCUAGGCCAGAAGCUUGCUUAGUUGCUAUGUUGGCUUGGCCAGUUAGUAAUUCCAUGUGAGGUAUUUUGCUCCUGGAUACUUUUUGUGAAGUUCCCAGUCCUGUGGGGGGAAACCUCAGAAUGGUGUGAAGUGGAACUCAGUUCUGCCCUUGUAAGUCGAGACAUUUCUGCAAAGUCUGUCUGACCUUUUUGGGCCUUUAAAAUGUAGACAGAGAAGUCUUUGGAGACUUUAGGAUUUGGUGUCAUCGCCCUUGGCUGUCAUAGCAUGAGAAGAGAAUUAAUUUCUUAUGGUAAGUUAGAGCUCAGUGGACAAUUCAGCUGGAUGAGCCGGGUCUGAACCACUAAAAGAAUACAAACACCACAAACACCAUGAUAAGACUAUGGAAUAUAAACUUUGAACAAAUGUAGCCAGAGAGAGGCACAGAUAUUGGAAACCCGUAUGUGUGUGGGAGAUUUCAGGAAGGCACAAAAGGAAAAUAAACCAGUUUGGACAUGUCCAGGCUGAAAAGCCACAUUUGUCAGUAGAACAUUUCAGAAGCUCAGGAAGGUUGGUUUUUAAGAGACAUGAAAGGGUUUGAGGACUGGAGCUCAAUCCAGACCAGCUCCCCGGUCACCACACAUCAUGAAUCCAGCUGCCAAAGGUAGCCUGUGAACAAGGAAUGCUUGUACCAUGUCCUCAGCACUAGCUGUUCCUUCCUUUCUGGGAAAUAGCCUGACCUCAUGUGUCUCUAUCUUGCCACCACAGGGAGGGGGUGGGAUGCAUUUCUCAGCUUUUUUUCAGUUGUGCCACUCACUAAACCAGAUGGGGUAAAACCUUAUACUCUCGAUAUCAGAAAACUGUUGCAGGGUAUCACCUUGCCAUGGAGAGUGACAGCCUACUCUCCAGAAAGUGGGAAAAUCCCCCUGCCAUAACCGGUUCCAUAUGGCAGGGUUUCCAUGGAAAUUCGUAUCAGCUACUCCCCCAGAAACUCUUAGGUCUUCCUUGCUGAUAAAAUGAAUAUGUCCAUGGUGGGAGGGGUGGGGGAUAGGGAGUUGUUCACUAACCAUAUUUCUUCAGGCUUUUUUUUCCCUCUUUUACUCCAUCAGGAUCCUCUAUUUACAAAAGAUUUCAGGAUAUACAUGUGUACAUAUAUACAUAUAUAAUAUAUAUUUUUAUACAAUACCAUUGGCAUGAUUCUUCACCAAUCUUCAUAAUUUGCACUUUUUAUUUCUAUAUGUAUCAAACCCAGUACAGUGUUAAAAGCAGCCCUGGCAAGUUUUUAUUUUAUUUAAAAGGCGCUUUUCUGCAAUGUUUGUUGAUCUUUUCAAGUGUCUCCCCAAAAGGGGCCCCCAAAAGCAUUGACCAUUUUUAGCAAUAGAUAGAUUUGUUCUCUGGAUCAAAUUGAGUCUUUAACAUUACAAAGGCCUGCUUUUAAAAAAAAUCAACCUCCCUCUUCACCCGGUCCCCAAAAAGAAAGCAAUAUUCAGUCACUGCCCCCCCACAGAAUUCAGCAAAUAAACCGUUGGCUUGAAUACUAGUUUAGUGUAGUUGUAGCAUCAGGCCGGUAUCAUCAGGGUUUUCUACUUGUGAAAUAUCUGAGGCUGUGAUCUGUUGAAUUAUACUUGAACUGGACCAGAACAUAUUUAUUGAGCUUAUAAAAAUCUUGUUAAUUUAAGCUUUGGCUUGUAAAUGGUUGGAAUUUGUUAAACUUUGUUGAGUGUCUUCUGAGUUGUCACUACUUUUACUGAUCCAUGUAACUGACCGCAAAGUGUUUUGAGGUGUUUCAUAAAAAAAUGAAAAGAAAAAAAAAAGAUUUUAAUAAAGGUAAUUUGAAAGCC